GUUCACUCAGUCUACGAGCGUACGCCACGAGACUUCGAUCUCAUCGGCUCUUUUGCCGUCUCCAUCUCUCUCUGCUCAGCCGUCUACCCUUCUUUCUCCUACGCUCGGAAGGACGGAAAGCGACUGUACACUACCACUACCGUCGCCGCUACCGCCCCUCGACGCCGACGCCGACGCCACUACCACCACCACCACCGCCACCGCUGUCACCGCCACCACCGGGGGAGACGCACGUAGUCUAAACGUGAGACUCGUACGAACGUCGUCGUGGUUCGUCCUCGCCGGUAGUCAUCGUACUCGCUGUUUUUUGGAGCCACCAGCAAGCUUUCCGCUUCUCUCUCUCUCCGGUUGUACUUCGGUCAUCGUUCGUCCGGCCCGGGAGUGAUCGUCGCCAAAAGGUACGCUGCACUUUGCUCCAACUGUUCUCCGAUCGGUUCAUCUCGUCUUUGGGAUAAGCGGCUCGAGGGAAGAUGGCGGCUUUCGUGGCAAAACAGAUGGUCGGCAACAAGCUGAACGCGGUUAAAGGAGCCGUUGGUGGCGAAGGCGGAGACGAAGAUGAUAAGGAGAAGGAAGAAGAGGCCGAGAGAGAAAGGCAAGAAGCCAUCAGGGAGGCCGAGGAGCGGAGGAAGGAGAAGCACCGCAAAAUGGAAGAGGAACGAGAGAAGAUCCGACAGGAAAUCAGGGACAAGUAUAACAUAAAGAAGCGGGAGGAGGUACAGGAAAUGACCCAGGAAGAGCCUAAUCCUUUGAUGCGCAAGAAAAAAACACCAGAGGAACUAGCGGCGGAAGCUGAGGCAGAAGAUGAGGACGAACUUACAAAAUUGAAGAACAUGUUAGACUCGCAUAUGCAGAAUAUCAAAGAGCAACUGGGAGAAACAUGCGACCUCCAAUAAGCCUACCUGCACCCUUGAAGCGGUCGGUAAGGAGAGUGGCGCACAUCGAUGUGUCACCAGGGCCGCACCCGCCUCUCAGCCCCUUAGACACCACGAGGAAGGGAAAGAGCGAGAUCUGACGUGUUGUUGGAGACAAACGGAGAAGAGAUCGAACGAUACCAUCACCAUCAGCGUCGUCGUCCCAGUCAUCGUCUUCGUCGUCGUCGCCGUCGCGUCGAAAUCGAUUCGAGAUAAAGAAUUGGCCGAGCCACGAACCACUCGAAACCACGCCGCAAGAAACACCCUCCGAGUCUCGAGGGUCGAACAACGCUCGAUCUCGUCUGGAGGGUUUUCCGUACGAGGAUGAUCUCGACGAAGGAACGCAACAACCGAACGGAGGGAAGCGCCACCGAGCUUAGAUCAAUAUUAGCGAGGAGAGAAAUUCGACGAAAUGGGUAAAGAAUUGGCAAAACGAAUUGAUGAAAUUAUCAUUGACGUCGGAGAUGUUCGAAUCGGCUUAACGAGAAUGUACGACGGGCGACGAAGCCUCUUCACGAGAAUUGAUGAGAGACACGGGCGGAUGAAUGAAAA